GCAGGCCUCAGAGAACCAAGGAGGAAGAGGCAAUGGGCUCGCCAGACCCGUUGUCAUGCGUCAGCAGCCGGCAAGCCUAAGCGGCGGGUGGUCGUGACUGGGCAGGGUGUGGUGACGAGCCUUGGUCAAUCCACUCAACAGUUCUACGAUCAGCUGCUGGCUGGGGCGAGUGGCAUCACCCACAUUGAAGGCUUUGACACGAGCGACUACUCGACCAAGAUCGCCGGCGAAGUCAAGUCAGUGGAUGCGGCGCCAUAUGUGGCGCGCAAGUGGGUCAAGCGCAUGGAUGAGGUCAUGAAGUUCAUGUUUGUGGCUGGAAAACAGGCGCUGGAGGAUGCGGGGCUCCCCUUUGAGGGACCCGGCUUGGAGGAUCUAGACCGAAAGCUGUGCGGCAUUCUGAUCGGCACUGCGAUGGGCGGCAUGACAACCUUUGCCAGCGGCGUGGAGGCCCUGACGCUGUCGGGCCACCGCAAGAUGAACCCCUUCUGCAUCCCCUUCUCCAUCGGCAACAUGGGCGGGGCCAUGCUGGCCAUGGACCUGGGCUUCAUGGGCCCCAACUACUCCAUCUCCACCGCAUGCGCCACGGGCAACUACUGCAUCAUCAGCGCCGCGGACCACAUCCGCAACGGCGACGCCGUGCUCAUGCUGGCGGGCGGCGCCGACGCCGCGGUCAUCCCCUCGGGCAUCGGCGGCUUCAUCGCCUGCAAGGCGCUGUCGCGGCGCAACGACGCGCCGGAGCGCGCCAGCCGACCAUGGGACGCGGGCCGGGACGGCUUUGUCAUGGGCGAGGGCGCGGGCGUGCUGGUGCUGGAGGAGCUGGAGCAUGCGCGCGCGCGCGGCGCCACCAUCCUCGCAGAGUUCAUCGGAGGUGCCGCCACGUGCGACGCGCACCACAUGACGGAGCCGGAGCCGAGCGGGCGGGGCGUGCGGUUGUGCCUGGAACGUGGCCUGGCGGCCGCAGGUGUGGCCCCAGAGGAGGUGACCUACGUGAACGCGCAUGGCACCUCCACCCCCGCCGGCGACGUGGCUGAGUUCCGGGCCAUCCGUGCGGUGCUAGGGCACGACGGCCUACGCAUCAACUCGUCCAAGGGUGCCAUCGGGCACCUGCUGGGCGCGGCGGGGGCGGUGGAGGCGGUGGCCACCAUCCAGGCGCUGCGCACCGGCUGGCUGCACCCAAACCUGAACCUGGACGAGCCGGACAAGGGCGUGGACGCCUCCGUCCUCGUGGGCGGCGUCAAGGAGCAGGCGGAUGUGAAGGUGGCGCUGUCCAACUCCUUUGGCUUUGGUGGCCACAACUCCUGCGUGCUGUUCAGAAAGUUUGAGGAGUGA